GGCAGUUAAAGGAUGGUGGGUCGGGGUAAAACGUCGCUCGCUCGGUUCCAUUUGUGGCUAGCACACCGUCAGCCGUUUUCGCUCAACACGUUUUAUUUGGGCGGAGAUUAAAUAUAACCAUCUUGACCGCGGCAGCUGCUUCAAUUGUGUAGUUAAUAUGAGGCGUUAAUAACAGCUGUCAUCGCUGGUGAAGGAAGAUCUUUCUCUGCUGUCGUGAGUAAACACCGGGGCCUGUCACUUUCCUGAGCCUCUAUACAUACGUGUAGGUUGCACUUAGAUUAUUAAUGUAGGUGUUUUACAUAUAGUUUGACUCCCAGAGGCAGUGUGUGAUGUCGCUGCACCCAGCUAGCUGAGUUACCACAGCCUGUUGUGAAAAACAUUUUUUUCUUAUACUGCAAUGCCCGUUAGUACACGUCUUAUUGGACAGCGAGGACAAUGACAGAGCAAGACGUCUGUCCUCACCUUGACGCGAUAGGGGAGGUUACCAAAGAGGACCUUCUCCAGAAAUCCAAGGGAACUUGCCAGUCAUGUGGUGCCGGGGGCCCCAACUUAUGGGCUUGUCUACAGAAUGACUGUUCUUAUGUUGGUUGCGGCGAGUCCUACGCUGAUCACAGCACUCUGCAUGCACAGCUCAAAAAGCACAACCUGACAGUGAACCUGACAACCUUCAGGAUCUGGUGUUAUGUGUGUGAGCGGGAAGUGUUUCUGGAUCAGAGGCCGGCCCUGGUCCCUGUUCCGGUUGUGCCCCACCACUGCAAAGCUACAGAGCAGGAUGCAGCUGCCCAGCCAGCAGGUCACCCUCUAAAAGCAGUACCGAUUGCGGUGGCGGAAGAAGAUGGCUCAGAAUCAGAGGAAGAUGAGCUCAAACCAAGAGGUUUGACAGGAAUGAAGAAUAUAGGAAACUCCUGCUACAUGAAUGCUGCUCUGCAGGCCCUGUCCAACUGCCCUCCGCUCACCCAGUUUUUCCUGGACUGCAGCGGAUUGGUCCGGACUGAUAAGAAGCCGGCUCUGUGUAAGAGCUACCAGAAACUCAUCUCAGAGCUCUGGCAUAAGAAACGGCCCAGUUAUGUUGUUCCUACCAGCCUAUCCCACGGCAUCAAACUGGUAAACCCAAUGUUUCGAGGUUAUGCUCAGCAGGUGAGCACACAGCAAGACACCCAGGAGUUCCUGCGCUGUCUGAUGGACCAGUUGCACGAGGAGCUGAAGGAGCCCCUGACAGAGUGCAGCAUGAGCGGGGAGGGAAGUGACGGGGACGAGAGGCGGGAUGGAGACCGUUCUCCUUCCGAGGACGAAUUCCUGUCCUGCGACUCCGGCUCCAGCAGUGACCGAGGAGAGGGGGGAGGUCUGGGGGAGGUCGAGCUCCUCCUGCAGGACGAGUGCGACGGGUUUAGGUCCCCGUCUGUGGGAGUGGUGGGCGUCGGUUCGGGGACGGUGAUCUCCGAGAAGGAGAGGUUGAAGGAAAAGAGGGUGUCUGGCUCCCCCCUGCGUGGAGGCUCACAGGAGAUGGAUGAGGAUGCAGAUGUGGACACAGCAGCUGAGGAGGGGGUUCCUGAGAGCGGGGAGGAAGAGCCGUCAGCACCAAGUGCAAACACUGAAGUCCAAGGUCAAGAGGACAACCAGACAUCUACUGCAGGGCAGGGACAAAUCCAAUGCAAAGGCACCUCAGGCCUCCAAUGUGCUGUUAUUCAAGAGCCUGACAAUGAAGCAUCAAUGACCCAGCCACAGUCCACUCCUUGCAGUCCUGUUCGAACCCUCCAGGAGCUUCAUCCCAAACUCUCCUCCAGUCCUCCACGCUCCAGCCCGCUCCGCUCUGCAGGACCGGCCUACUCCUUCAAGAAAGCUCAGCUGCUGCUCACCUCCAGGAAGAAGAAGCAGUCUCACUAUCGCAGCGUCAUCUCUGACAUCUUCGACGGCUCCAUCCUCAGCCUGGUCCAGUGUUUGACCUGUGACAGGGUCUCCACCACAGUAGAAACAUUCCAGGACCUCUCUCUCCCGAUCCCUGGUAAAGAGGACCUGGCAAAGCUUCACUCGUCCAUCCAUCAGAACCUGCCAGUAAAGACCGGCGUGUGUCCCGACACGUACGGCUCGCAGGGCUGGAUCUCCUACAUCAUGGACUCCAUACGCCGAUUCGUGGUGUCCUGCAUUCCCAGUUGGUUUUGGGGUCCCAUAGUAACGCUUGAGGACUGCCUCGCUGCCUUUUUUGCUGCUGAUGAGCUCAAAGGAGACAACAUGUAUAGCUGUGAGAGAUGUAAAAAAUUGCGAAAUGGUGUCAAAUACUGCAAAGUGCUAAAGCUUCCAGAGAUUCUUUGCAUUCACCUGAAACGUUUCCGUCACGAAGUCAUGUAUUCAUUCAAGAUUAGCAACCAUGUGUCCUUCCCGCUGGAGGGCCUGGACAUGCAGCCCUUCCUGGCCAAAGAGAGCCCGUCUCAAGUCACCACUUACGAUCUGCUGUCAGUCAUUUGCCACCACGGCACAGCAGGAAGUGGACAUUAUAUAGCUUACUGUCAGAAUGUGAUCAAUGGCCAGUGGUAUGAGUUUGAUGAUCAGUAUGUGACAGAGGUCCAUGAGACGGUGGUUCAGAAUGCAGAGGCAUAUGUGCUGUUCUAUAGGAAAAGUAGUGAGGAGUCAGUGCGCGAGAGACAGAAGGUGGUGGCUCUGGCCAGCAUGAAGGAGCCCAGCCUGCUGCAGUUUUACAUCUCCAGGGAAUGGCUGAACAAGUUCAACACCUUUGCUGAGCCAGGCCCCAUCAGCAAUCACGCCUUUCUUUGUCAGCACGGAGGGAUCCCGCCUAAUAAGUACCUGUACAUUGAUGAUCUGGUUGUGAUAGUUCCUCAGAAUGUGUGGGAAUAUCUUUACAACAGUUUCGGAGGCGGCCCUGCAGUCAAUCACUUGUACAUGUGUGCCAUCUGUCAGGUGGAGAUCGAAGCUCUGGCUAAACGCAGGAAAACUGAAAUAGACACCUUUAUUAAGCUGAACAAAGAGUUUCAGGCUGAGGAGGCUCCAUCAGUGAUUUUGUGCAUCAGCAUGCAGUGGUUCAGAGAGUGGGAGAGCUUUGUGAAGGGCAAAGACAAUGAACCGCCUGGUCCCAUCGACAAUAGUAAAAUUGGUGUAAUGAAAGGAGGACACAUCCAGCUGAAGCAAGGUGCAGAUUAUGGACAGAUCUCAGAGGAGACUUGGCAGUAUUUGUUGGGAUUAUAUGGUGGGGGUCCUGAGAUCGCAGUGAGACAAACAGUGGUCCCAGCUGACCCUGACAGCCUUCAUGGAGAGAGGAAGAUUGAAGCAGAGACAAGAGCCCUUUGAGAUUAACAUAGGUCUGAUGAUAAAUUUCCACUUCUGCCCUCACAUGACACUGAGGAAUUUGCACGUUAGUGAAGAAGCAUUAUGAGCACUUUGUAAAUGUAACAUCUUCUUUUGAAGCUGCAAGAGGUCAAAGCGGGACCUAAAUAUCAGUUUAUUCAUUGGAUAGUUCUGAAGCUCAGUUUUUGUGUCACUUCUCUGCAGCUGUUUUCGGUGGCUGUAAAUGUCUCGGUGGCUGCUCUACUGACUAGACAUCAUGUGCUGCUUCUAAACUGGCCCUGGCAGGCGAACAGCACCUGGUGUUACAAACCAGAACGGUGCAGUGAACGUUGCUCCAGGCUGAUGUGUAGUGUGAGGACUCCUCUUUUACGUUAGAAGCAAUUACCAAGCUUUCCGUUGUUUAUUUGUUUACUAGUUACAUAGCAACAAGCAGACAAGAGUUGAGAGAUCUCAAAUGAAUGAAACUCCUGCACGAUCCACCUCAAUAUGUGCCCAGCCCUCAGGAAUGGAAACCUUUAUUUUGUUUGUUUGUUUUGGCCAUGGAAAUGACUGAAGCAGAUUUGUUUAGAACUGAAAAACAUGCAUGUGUGGGUUAUGCACAAUCAUUUCUGGGCUCAAACUGCAUGCAGCUGGAUGUUUUUGCUGACAGGCUAAGAGGCUCAGUUGUUUUGCUUUAAUUAUCCGUUUACAUAUUCAGAGAUAUUCAAGGAGGACCUUGCUUUUGUAUAGUCUAGGUGAGCGCUAUCAGCAAACAAGCAUAGAGGGCAUGUAUAGAUAUGAAGGUUAGCAUUUUAUUUAGGAUAAGCAGUAAGGAUGAGUACAUAUCUGAAGGUAUAAGAGAAUCUUGUGCAGUAAGUUGUAAUUUCAGGAGGAUCAAUGUAAAAUUAUUCAGACCUUAUCAAUUGUUACUUGUGAUGCACUUGGUUAAAAGAAUUGUAUUUAUUAAGCAAAAUAUAUAUAUAUAUAUAUAUAUAUAUAUAUAUAUAUAUAUAAAAAGAGAAAAAUGUGAUUUAACUUAAAAGGCUAAUUUAUGUUACACUAUGGAUUGUAAUUUCCUAUGUUUGCUUAGCAGGGGUUUGAAGAGUCCAUAUGCAUCAUGGUAAAAUGUUUGUGUUUCUGUAUGUUUGAAAUUUAAACAUGGAUUAAUACAUGUUUAUUAAAUAAUACACAUCUUGUCACAAAUUUAGCCAUAAAACCUAGAACACAAAUUGAAGCUGUUCACAUCUUAGGACAUAAACAUUUAGAAACAUUCCCAAAAUGUAGGGGGGAGCAUGAAGCCAGAGGUGCUGAAUCCAGAACUUUUCCAGGCUCGGUUUAGGAUUUAAUAUGGCCUUUUU